AUGACGCACGCGCGCGCGCGCGCGGUCGACGCGUACAAGGUGGGCGAGUCGACGAACAUCAAGUGGCACGAGGGCGCGGUCGAUCGCGAGACGCGCGAGAGGGCGCUCGGGCAGCGAGGGUGCGUGCUUUGGUUCACCGGCCUGUCGGGAUCGGGGAAGUCCACGGUGGCGUACACGCUCGAGCACGAACUGUUCAAGCGAGGGAAGAUCGCGCAGGUGCUCGACGGCGACAACAUUCGACACGGGUUGAACUCGAAUUUGGGGUUCACCGCGGCCGAUCGAGAGGAGAACAUUCGCAGGAUCGGUGAGGUUUCGAAACUGUACGCGGAUAGCGGGAUGAUCACGCUCGUGAGCUUCAUUUCGCCGUAUAAGAAGGAUCGGUUGGCGGUGCGGGAACGCGUCGGCGACCGCUUCGUCGAGGUGUACAUGAAGAUUCCGUUGAGCGUGUGCGAGGAACGCGACCCGAAGGGGCUUUACAAGGCUGCUCGGGCGGGUAAGAUUAAGGGAUUCACCGGCAUCGACGAUCCGUACGAAGAACCGGUGAACGCGGAGAUUGAAAUGGAAGUCGCCAAGGAGGACGGCGUCUUGGCGCCGCCGCGAGACAUGGCGCACAAAAUCAUCGAGUAUUUGGACGCCAAGGGAUUCUUGAAGGCUGAUUGAUCUCGUCGUAUCGCCUCGAUCGUUGCACAUUAAUAAUACCAUCGUAUUGCUUACGCGCGCGCAUCGUUCUUCGUCCAUUCGUGUCGUUUCCAGACGGUUUCGCGAAGACGCGCCGAAGAGGUUCCAACGCACUAACACCCCACGCGUUCCACGCGUACUACUUUCAACAACCACCACCACAUCCAUGCGCAGAUGUUCACUUUCCCCACGGCGUCGUCGGUUUGAGACGCUCGGGAGGCGCAAACGUCAUUGGACAGAUUUUUGCGCUGGCGAAAUUCGCUUGGAUCCAUCGUCUAUUCAUGUCCAAAGAAUCCGCUCUAUUGGUGAUCGUGCGCUGAUGAAUGAACACCUCGCGCAUCUCCAUUCCCUCCUCGGCGAAUAAAGCCACCAAAUCUUCUAUUGUGAAGUAGUACGCGCGCGUGCCGUCGUGUCGCACAUAAAAGUUUUCCGACAACUUUUGAUUCGCCGCCACCUUCCCUUCGAACCUUUCCUGCGCUAAAUCCCCCGCGGCGUAGUCACGAACGCAUAUUGCGCCUCGUUGACCGUCUCGCAUGACGGUCGAUAGAUUUCGUACGCAGUACUUCAUCUUCUCUCGCGACAUCGCGCUCAGCGCGAACACCAUCGUGGCGACGUCGACGCAUCCGGCGGGUACGUUCUCCAACAAGCUCUCACACGUCGCGUCGCACACGAACGCCUUGACGCGAUCGCGAUCGCGUGGCGGCAGCGUCGCCGCGCGUUCGAGCACCAUAUCUAUCGCGCGCUUACUAAAAUCGCAGCAGUACACCGUCGCUUCGGCGUCGAGCUCGAGCAGCGGAAACACCGUGUUCCCGACCCCGCACCCGAGCUCUAGAAACGCGCGCGGCGCGUCUUCACGAGGCGCGUACGACGGCGCGGGACCUCGCGCGCGGUCCACGCGCGCGCCCAUGUCCUCGUCGACGUCCUCGAGCGCGGUUUCCUCGGGAGGUUUGGCGAACACGUCCGGCCAUUCGCGCGCCAACCAGUGCCGAUCCUUGAAGAAAUUCGUCGCGUGCGUCUUGUAAAAGACGUCCCAGUUUUUUCGCGCGUCUGUUUCGUAUUUUUGGCGCCAAAAAUCGCUCACGGUGUCGGACAUGACGCGCGAGCCGUCGCCACGGCGCGUCCCGCAGUGCGGCGGUUACGACGCCGCGGCGACGCCUCGGUCGGUGCACGCGAUCGUGCGGGUUUCGGUGACGAUGAUAUCGACUAACUUAUCCCUGGGGGGUAGACUU